AUGGCGGUGGAUUUGACUCCGCGGUUCAGAAGGCUGAACAGUCAAACCUGUUUCAGAGAAAAUAAGCAGCUGCCAGGUUUCUCUGGGCCCUUCAGAGCCACUCAGCUAUGGCAGAACAUCAUUGAGGCUCUGAGGACUCAAGUGGAGCUCCGUCCCCGAAGACAACAUCUGCGCGUCCACCAUGACUGCUUCACAGGCACUGAUGCAGUCGACGUGGUUUUGAGCCACCUCAUGCAGAACAUCUACUUCUGCUCCAGCGAAGUGUCCCGUCUCAAAGCUGCCCGGCUCUGCCAGGCCCUUAUGGAGUCUAGAGUGUUCGAACCCAUUGGGAUGAAGCUCUUCAGAAGAGAGAAAGAAAUGAGCUUUGAGGACUCAAGCUGUAGCCUCUACCAGUUUCUCGAUGGAUCGGCCAGGAAGAGUUACAGUGGCUGUGAGAAUCAGACUCCAGACAAACCGAUGGGAAAGAGGAAGACCAGUUUGAGGUUUAGAGAAAUGCAGACCAUCUCCAAUCCUUUAGUUCUUGGAUCAUCAGAUAGGAGAGUGGAGAGACUACUAAAGAAUAUAAACCUACACCCAUCUAUUCCCUCUGAUCUACAUCGUGCAGCAGUUUCCAACAGUUUCCUGUCAAAAAAAGUGGUGUGUGAUGUUUGGAGGCAGCAGACGUUACUUCAGUUGCUACAGGUGGUUGAGAUCUCAAUGCUGGACUGUAUUCUCACCUCACCUGCCAAACCAGAACCCCUGCGCUCAUCUCUGCGCAACCACUGUGACUUGGUCAUCUCCAACACCUGUGUGGAUCAUGAGGUCUCAGAGAGUCUCAACUUGCCUGAGUUGGAUUCUUGGCUGAUGGCAGCAGUGGAUUGUCUUGAGCUGUUCCCAGAUCAGUUAAUCGUGUCUGCCAGUGAGCAGCUCAUGCAGAAGAAUAAAACAGUUGGGGAGGAGAUGUUCGGAAUGCAGAAGAAACUGCUGUUUGACACCAUCGCCAAAUAUUACAACAGCCCUGAAAGACCUCCGCUGCUGUCAGGACGUUACAUUGACAUCCACACUGGAAUCAUACAACUUUUGGAUUGUGGAAGAGGUGAAGAUGCCCUGAGAGCAGCUCAGCUCUGUCUGCAGCUCUUGGAGUCGACAAGCAGAGACGAGUUACGCAGACUGUUGGGUUUUAUGGCAGCUGCUGCAAAUAAUGAAGCUUUCAAACUGCACAAGCAGACUGAAAACCGGGCUUUGGUUAGCAAGACGUUUGUGAAAGCUGUGAUCCAGAGUAAAGAAAUGACUCGUGGCCAGUGUGAGCAACUACUGCUGUUUCUCACGGAUAAUCUCACACAGCUCUUUAAGACACCGUUAACGUUGAUAGAUGCUGUGAGGAAAACACUACAAACUCUGCAGCAAGGAACGGAUCUAGAUAAAGUAGCACUGUUUACAUUCUGCCAGCAGGUGUCGCACCAGCAGUAUGAGGAUAACAAAGACAAGGCCACUGUUGACAGUUUAAAGCAGUUAAUUCACCAUAUCGCGCAGAGUGACCGUCUCUCCGCCAAACAGAAGAGACGACUGGCCAAACAGUUCCACAAACAUCAUCCAGGCAUUUUCCUCCAACACUUCUAUGCUACAUUCUAGAAACACCUGCAUAGAUUGGUAGCUUUUGAUUUAUCUGGGUUGUUUUUUGGG